GUUCGACAGCCACGGAUCCUCCACAAGUCUGUGAGGAAGAAGAGGAAGAGAGGAGGGAAGGGAAGAGAAGCCAGGAAUGAGAGGAUGAGGCUGUGUUGAAAUGAAGACAGAGAGGAAAAGAAACAAGAAGAAGUGACAAGAAGAGGGGGAAAGACUGCACCGUCACCAAACAACAGAGCAGAAAUGAUAGCUGUUUUUAAAGGUUAACAUGUCUGAAACUCCAAAGAAAGUGCAGGACAAAUUAAUUUUCAGGUCCAGGUAGAGAACAACACAGAGUUAAGUACCAGGUGGAGAUGCCCCAAACGCUCCUGACAGAUCCAGAGGAAAGACGAGGACCGAGUCGUUGUGGAAGCAGCCAGUCGGCCUUCAAGACCUGACCCCGGUUCAGAGGAGAACGAGAUGGAUAUGUGCAGCCGGCUUUGUUUGUCACAGACCGUGAGUGGACGGCUCUGAAAAGGAUCUUCACAAGGACUAACAGAUGCUGAAUUUACUGCUGGAGCUAAACACAAAGCCUCAACCGAAGAAAGGCAGUGGAUAAACUUCUAAAAGGCCCCUCAGGCCCAGCCAGGAUGCUUGAACGAGUGAGCGACUACCAGGGCCAGAGCUUUCACAAGCUCAGACGGGCUUGCCUUCGCCGGGGCGUGCUCUUCAAGGAUCCUCUGUUCCCCACCACUGACCAGUCCCUCUUUUACAAGAGGACAUCCCCGCCGGGACUGACUUGGAAGAGGCCGAGGGAGAUAUGUAAAGACCCUCGUCUGUUUGUGGAUGGCAUCAGCACUCGUGACUUGCACCAAGGCAGUUUAGGUGACUGCUGGAUGGUGGCCGCCAUUUCCUGCCUCGCCUCUGAGCCGUCACUUUGGAAAAAGGUUAUUCCUGACCACACUGAUCAGGAAUGGAACCCAAAGCGUCUUGACUUGUACGCGGGAAUCUUCCAUUUCCGGUUUUGGCGCCUCGGUAGUUGGGUGGAUGUUGUGGUGGACGACCGUCUGCCAGUCAGUGGGGAUGGGGUGCUGCUCUUCUGCCGCUCAGCAACACCAAGAGAGUUUUGGAGCGCCCUGCUGGAGAAGGCUUACGCCAAAUUAAACGGCUGCUAUGAGGCUUUGGAGGGAGGAAACACUGCAGAGGCCCUCAUCGACUUCACUGGUGGGGUUUCAGAGCCCCUCAGUCUGGACCGGGAAUCCCUCGGCCUGAACAGCAGCCAGAGGAAGGCGCUCUUUCAGACAUUAGCAAAGGUCCACGAACACAAAUCCCUGAUCACCUGCUACAUACGGCCAGCUGAAGGGGAGACUGUGGAAUCCGUGUUGGACUGUGGGCUUGUGAGAGGACACGCCUACGGGAUGACAGCCGUGAGGAAGGUGAGGCUCGGGGAGAGGCUGCUGAAGACAGGCGGGACGCCCCGACUCUUUAUGGUGCGCAUGAGGAACCCAUGGGGGACGUCGGACUGGACGGGUGCCUGGAGUCAGGGGUCAGAGCAGUGGCAGCAACUGAGUCGUGCUGAUAGGGAGAAAAUGGGACUCAUUGUUCGUGAUGUCGGGGAGUUCUGGAUGGACUUCCAGGACUUCUGUCGCUACUUCACAGAUGUGGUGGUGUGCCAGCUGGUGGAGAGGGCUCUGCUGUGGCCAAGCUCACAUUGGGGGGAAGUGCAGUGCUACGGGGAGUGGGUUCCUGCUCCCACUGACCCUGGAGGACCUCCGUCCACCCUGCCCCACAGUAGCAUGGCUCUGAUUCUGAAUAACAUCAGUCAUGGAGGAGCCAAGCAGCAACGCACAGGGAAAGAGACCUGGCUGGGGGAGAGUCAACAGGAGCGAUCAAAAGGAAGAAGAUGUGGAAAGAACAUGAAACAGAAAAAUAAUGGGAAGAUGAGUGUAGUUUGGGAUGCACAAACUGACAGGAGGAGUCGAUGUGGGGGGUGUAUGAACCACAGGGACACCUUUUUGCACAAUCCACAGUUCAUGUUUGAGGUGCAAGGCAAGGACGAGGAGGUGCUGAUCUGUCUUCAGCAGCAGGACAGGAGGAUCUGGAGGAAAAAUGGCAGGGGAGAAAAUCUGCCCAUUGGUUUUGAGGUGCUAAGGGUGGAGGUGAACCGCUGCAGCCGGGUGCAGUGUGUGGUGGAGCAGGCGGCCAGCUCUGUCUACAUGGACUCCCGCAGCGUGACGUGGAGGGGAGAGCUGGCUCCGGGCCGCUACGUUGUGCUGCCCACCACCUUCCUGCCGGGCGCCACCGGCCGCUUCCUGCUGCGCCUCUUCUCCAACUCUCAUAUCAGACUCUGGGAAUUGAGGGAAGACUUGCCACCACCCUCUUUGUUGCAGUGUUUUCUGCCUCAGCCUACAGUGGUGACCACAGUUCAUCUCCGCAGGGCAUCAGGACUCAGUUCUCCCAAACAUACCGCUCCAGAUGUUUAUGCUGUGGUGCGAUGUGAGAGUGACACCGUGAGGACACGGGUGUUCAAAGAAGACGGAAACCCUGAAUUCAACCUGAGAACCAUCUUCUAUAGAAGAUACCCCGACACACACAUCUCUGUUGAGUUAUGGGGCAGAGGCCCGCUGUGGGAUUCGCUGCUAGGAGGAUCUCCACUUCAGACGACUGACUCUGAGAAGAGCCGGAGCCAAGUGAUUGAUCUGCGAAGCAGUACCUCACACUCAGGAUUCAAACCUCGUAUCUAUGUCGAGACAAGUUCCAGCAUAUGCCUCACUGAUUUGUAACAGUGUGUGUAUGUUUGUCUAUGUUUGUGGAGAGCAGCAAUGAGUUAAACUAAAAAGCCCAUGAAAAUGUAUAACGUUAAAAUGCUGGGCAAUGGGCCGCUCGGUGGCGCAGUGGGUUAAGCAGCGGCUCAUAUACUGAGGCUACUAGUCCUCCUCCUGCAGCGGUCGCAGGUUCGAAUCCCGGCCUGCGCACCUUUGCUGCGUGUCGUCCCCAUUCUCUCUCUCUCUACCCCUUUCCAGUCUGUAUCUUCAAUAAAGGGCCACUAGACGCCAAAAAAUCUUUAAAAAAAAAAAAAAAAAAAAAAAAAAAAAAAAAUGCUGGUAUGUUCAUGGUUUUCAGUCAUGUGACUUUGUUGUUGUGAGCGACAUCUUGAGGACCGCCGUAAAUCCCCAGAAUUUCCAAAGAAUUGAUACAUUAGGAUUUGAUCCAUAUUUGCAAGUCAAGUGGACUGCUGAGUCCCCCAAAAUUGAGUAAAACACUGGCAAAUUUGACAUUACAGAUAUUUACAUCUACCUCGUCCACAAUCCCUCGUUACGUCGCAGAAGCCUACCAAUAUUUUACUUCAGGAUGAGUUAAUGAUCCCAAAAUGUAUCUUCUUGAGGCAAAAGAGAUGUUCUUGAUCACAGGAAGGAGAAAUAACGGUCUGUCAAACAAGUGAUUUUAACGUUAAAUAAUAGCGUGUUGGAUUUGGUCGGUGCUUCAAGUGAACGAUGUUGUUGGAAUAAGCGUAAUUCUCAUAACUCUCUGUAUCUUGUCCAGCGAGACUUCUUUUCAAAACAACAAAAAAGAAAAUCUCAACCUUGAAGAAGAUGGACAAAAACAUGUUUAGUCUUUUACAUAUCAUGAAGAUGAUAAUCUGAUGGUUGGUGCUUGCAUAAAGAGCAAGAAGUGGAGGCGGAGCCCACCGCCUUUAGGGAGUUCUCUGACAACUGACCACCGUCAUUGCACAUUCUCCUUUCAAUCGUAAAUUGUUGUGAUUCAAAGUUGGUCAGCCCUCGGGGGCUCCCUCCUGGCUCAGAGGCACAUCUGAUUAUGCUAGCAGUGCCCAAGCAUUCAUUUUUUCUCUCAUUCAUAGCACACCUGCCCAGCAAUAGGGUCCUCCAUGUUGGGAAUCACUGCUUUAGCUUGACCAGAUACAUCACAACGUUACUUACCUGAAAUAACACUGCAUAGUGUUUCGUUGGAUCCUUCAUGAUGGCAUCAAUCCAUUUCUGAGGACGUUCAGUUCUUUGAGAUUUACUGUUAUCACCAGAGGUGGGUAGAGGAACCAAAAAUUGUACUCAAGUAAAAGUACUGUUACUUCCGAAUAAUAUGACUCAAGUAGAAGUAAAAAGUAGUCAUCCAAAUAAUUACUUGAGUAAAAGUAAAAAAGUACUUGGUGAAAAAACUACUCAAGUUUUAACCAGGCAGAACUAGAACAACAUGAACUCAUAGAAACUCUGUGUGUGUUUGAGUCUGUGUAAAUGUGACAAAACAUGCAAAAACAAACAUUUUUCACAAAGAAUCACCCAGUGAUGUCAUGAGAUUGACGCGUACGAGGAUAAAAGGGAUAAAAGAAAAGUAACAGCUCAACGUAGCCUAAUGUAGCGGAGUAAGAGGAACAGUUUCUCCUUCACAAAUCUACUCAAGUAAAAGUAAAAAGUAUAGUGAUCCAAAACUACUCCUAAAAGUACAACAUUUCCCAAAACUUACUCAAGUAAAUGUAACAGAGUAAAUGUAACUCGUUACUACCCACCUCUGGUUAUCACAGCCCACAGCGCAGCAGAUAGACGGCAUAGUGGAAGUCGGUCCUAAUGAUGGCGUGGAACCGCUGUAUAAUAUCACAUGAAACCCAUGUAUGGGCCUGAUCUCAGAUAGGUGGGCUGAAAAAUGAGACCCCAAUGGGUGCUGAAUGGACUUAUGUCCAAGGAGGUUAUCCCACCUGGAUCCCACUUGUGCCAACCACAUCAACAAAUCCAAGAGGCCAUUUCAGCUGGGACCAGUAUGGAACCAGUAAACAAUCAAAUAUGGGGUCAUAUUUUUCAGCCCGUUUAUAUCUCUGAUGAGCCCCACACACAAAUGUUUGCUGGGAUCGAGUGUAGCUCAAAUUUCCUCUGAAAGUGUACAAUACAUUUUAAUUUUCGAAAUAAAAUAGAAAUAAAUACUUUAAUAAUGUAUUAUUUCUGCUGGUCAGACUUGCAGACACUUCAGCACUCAAUGACUAAAGUGAAGCUGCUCCCAGUGUUGGUUUUUGAAUUUUAAUUUACUGUAUUUAAUAACAUUUUUGUGUCACUAUUUUAUUUUAUUGUU